AACCAUAGGCAAGACUAGUCCCAGAGAGUCCAAAGCAGAGUCAAAGUUGGAGGCGGAGGCAGAGGCAGAGGACCAUCUGCCCUGUGGGGCAGGGUAAGAGAGAAAUCUCAGCGUGGGAAGGAGAGCACAGACCCAUGGAGACAUACUGGGACCUUCCCCAUGACUGGCCUAGCUGUUGGAAGGGAUUUCUGUUCACAGCCACAAUCCUCAGCUCUUCCGUGCAGCUAGCUUCUUUGGUCCAGCUGAGCAUAGUACCUAUUCCUUCCUAUGGGUCAAUCGGGAGCAACGUCACCCUGUCUGUCCAUGGGAUCCCAAAGGAGCCUCAGACUUAUUCCUGGUUCCGGCAGAUGAUGGAGGAAUCCAACAAGAUUGUUAGCUAUGCAGUCCAUUCCAGAGAGCAGACUUUAGGACUCAACCACACUGGCCGGGAGAGCAUUUUCCCGAAUGGCUCCCUACUUAUCAUCAACCUUACUUCUAAAGAUAAUGGUGUUUACAUUAUACAAGUCGCCACCACCGAUUUGAAGCCAGUAUUGGGACAGGGGCAUUUGCAAAUCAAUGAUUCUUCUAAGACCUCCCACUUUGGAUUAGUCGCCAGCAUUGUCCUCGGAGCCCUGGCUGGUGGGAUCGUCGUGGGUGUCCUGGGCUAUUUCCUCUUCAAGCAGACUCAAGGGUCUUCACAGAGCAAGAGGGGAGAUUCUGUCCGAAGACGAAGGAAUCAUCCUGUAAACCAGACUAAUGGUGGAGAAGAUAUCAUGUGUGAAAAUCAGUGGUAUCAAAGCAUGACCCUGAUUCGCCAGGGAGAAGGCUUGUCCUCCAUUUCCUCUCCAGAGAUAUCGGAGGCCCCCCACCAGGCACUGGACGUCAGCAAAAUGGAUGUUUAUGAUGAAGUCAUGGUCUGGCCAACAGCCCAAGCCCCUAGGGGAGAGGGGAGCCCUGCAAGAUGAUGAGGCUGUCCUUUUAUUUUUCCCUUCAGUGAUGACCUCCUUCACUUAGGGGCAUUCCACAGAGACAGCCUGCAUUUUGUGGUGGAAGAGAGCAUUCACUCAGUAAACCCUGGGAGAGCCUCCACCCCAAGGAGCACCUGCCUCCAGCCUGGAAAUGAGCCCAGGUGCCCCCUGGAGAUCCUGCCAUGGCCUUGGGCUUCAGAUUUAGAGGUUGUUGUCUAGGGGCAAUGGGGACUAAGGAAAAUGAGAGCAUCAGAAAAGGGGAGAUCAGGGAGGGGCCUUAGGAUAUAGAACAUGGGAUGGCGGAACUGGGAGGAACCUUAGAAAAAGAGAACACGAGACUUCUAAGGAAACUGCAAUGUUCUAGCUUCUGUUUUCAAGGGCUACUGCUUCCCUGCCCAGCCCCAAAUGAUUGUGUUCUAAGAUCCUUCCCAGCUCUGGCAUUCUAGAGUCUAGAUUCCAUAUAUGAUCUGAUUAGUGUAGACUGUCAUCUCGCUUGUUCUAGGCACUUUAUUUUUAUUAAUUCAGCCCAAUGACGGCGUUAAUUUAAUUACAUUAAAUAAACAUUUAGGUACCUACUACAUGACAGAUAUUGUCGGCAUUGGGGUGCAGCACCAGGUGCUGGGACCACAAAGACAAAAACCAGAAGAGUUCUGCCCUUAGGAAGCUAACCUUUUCUUGGGUGGGUGGGGGGCACACAAAAGCAAAAACAAGCUAAAUGUAAAAUGAUGAUGGUGGGAGAGCGGCAGAACACGAACAACUGAGCUGUGGGGAGGGGAGACGUGGAGUGGGUUGGGAAAUGCUGUCAACAAAGCCUGAAUAGGAUCUUGGGAUUCAGAGGCAGAGAUGAGCAGAGGUGAGGGCAGAUGAGGUGGGGGCAGCAUGCCUGGGCAAAGACAGAUGUACCAGCCCCUCUCCUGCCUGCCACAACUCACUCUGGUGGUUUCCUAUCUCACUAACCAAAACUCUAAGUCUUUUUUCAUAUGACUUGCUGUUAAUCUAAUGCUCCUGGUUGGUUGUCCAGUUUCCUUCUUUUAGCCUAAGUACAAGACUUUAC